GUGCGACAGAGGAGCUUUUCCGCCAGCUGGCAGACGAAAAGCCCAUGAACGCGCAGGCAGGAGUCCACUCGCCAACUGGCAGACAGCUUCGCAUCCUCCCUGUACCUAUGUCGCCUUUUAACCCACCAACUGUCCCGGAGACCUCGGAAACCUUCGUUACACCUACCGAUAUACAUGCAGUGCUCCAACAACUAGACCUCAAAAGCUGGGAUUUCCGUACCUUUGUGUUGCAAAUAAUAAAGUCAGGUUCUAUAAUCGAGAGCUCGGCAAGCGUCGAAAAAAUGUGGCUGGAAACUUUGCGAAGUUUAUCUCAAAGAAAGAACAUCAGCUUGGCAUUUCGUGUUUUUUUCAAAAAAUUGUUAGAAUACCAGGAAUUUGCAAAACUUGAUCAAGAAACUGCAAGUGCUUUAGAUCACCAUGCUGAACAGUGUGCACGCUACGAACUGGCGAAAUCAGCUGCCAGUAUGGAAAAGCUUAUGGAAGGCCCAUCUCGAGAUUAUUAUGUCUCAAAAGAAAUCAACCAUCACCUGCUUUCAGGUGAUGAAACAGAUGCCAGCUAUAAAAGAAAGUUUGCAAGCAUGCUCAACUGUGGUGCUAGUAAUGACAUAGAGAAGACUGUCAUAAUUUCAAGCAAGCAGAGACAUCAAAAGAGCAUCAAAGAUACAUGUGAAGAGGAUGACAUUGAAGAAAGUGGAUGUGAGACCCCAACUCCAUCACCCAAAAAGCAGAAGGCUAGUUUGGGCACAUUCAGUACACCACAUAAAUCUAUCCUUCAGACAAAGAUGGUAGCAAACUUGACACCCAAAAUAGUGCCUGGUUUAAAAUCACUUCUAUGUAUGCUGGAAAAGCAGCACCCAGAUGUUGCAAAGGAGAUUCAAUGCCAUUCAUAUGAGCAAAGUAAGCUGGCUAGUUUACCAGGGCCAUUACUGACAUGGUUACGUCAUGUUCUCUCUAGCACUGUGCAAGAAUUUGAUAAUGUUGUAAAUAUUCCAUUGAAAGAUGCUAGUGAGUAUGAGUACAAGCUAUGUGCUGUUUUCCAGAGUACAUUAAUAGAUUUUCACACAAUGGUUCGUUAUGCAAGCAAUAAUACCCUUGAAAGACAUCCUUCAGAAAGGAAAUUUUUGCUGGAACAGGUGGCAGUUCCAUUCAAGUAUACUGAGUAUGUUUUUGGGCUUGUAACAUUUCACUGGAUAGAGAAACAUAUGAUGUUUCAAAAAGCACUGCAAUUUGUCAAAGAUCCAGACCAGAAAACAAGAACUUACAAAGUCAAUGCUCUUUGCAUUGUCAAGACAGAUCAGAGAGACUUUGCAACCAUAGAAGUAUCUGGAGGACCUGCAGAGCAGGAUUGUAAACAUAUGAUGGAAGACACGGAAAAGGUAUUGUUAGAAGGAGCAGAUAUGCUCCAAGGUACUCUCCAGCAGUAUCUAGAUGCAUCUUCAAACACAGCUAAAAACUUGAAGUUUUACACAAUACAAGUUAUUGUUGAUCACAUCAUCUUAAUUGAAAUAUCUAUGCAUAAGUCAAACUUCAAAGCUGUAGAAAAACAAGUUCUUGAACAAGAAAAGGUGGUGAAGGCAUUAGCCAAUGAGCAAAAUGGUGUGUGUGAAGUCAAAUCUGAUACAAUUCGUGAGUGGCUCACUAGCACUGGCAAAGACAGCAUUGAGCAUUGCUAG